CCAUAGGCCUGAGUCCUACCAGCUUGUUACCAGCCAUAAGUAGCAUUGUGGGGAAAAUCAAAACCAUCCAAAAUGAGACGUCACUCUGGAGCCUGCUGUACGAAGUGCCUCAGUUAUUUCGACUGGGACCCCAGAAGCAGAAACUUCAGGACGUCAUGCAAUUCUUACAAAAUGCCGAGGGUGAACUGCAGAGCAUACAGUCAGAUUUCACUCUGGCAGGUAAUCCAGUAAUGACAGUCCUGAACCGGACAAUAGCUCAAGGCAUCAGCGUCCUGAAUUACACCCUCAACUGGCCUGGACGAGGAAUUAACAUUAAUGUGAAGGAUGUGCUAAAUUCACCUUCUGGUAUAAAUGAGACACUGCUGGAAAAUCUCACUGUCCCGCUAGAUAAGGCACUCCUUUUAGUGAACUUUGAGCAGUUGAAUUCCUCCUUCUGCGCGGGUGUUAGCGGACCUCAGCUGGAUUCAGCCGGACAUUUUGGAAGUUUGUGUCAAAACAAUGGACUUCAGUCGUUGUUUGACAGGAUUGACAGAAACAAAGUGGCAGAACAGAUUGUUCUUCUCUGGAUUCGAGAUGUCUCCCCCUCCGAUGUGUCAUUCACUUUCCAGAUAUUGAACAACAUGUUGGGGUUAAUCGGCAUCAACAAUACCAACAUCACCAACGUCUUGAAUAGAAGCAUGAACGUCUUCAACGCUUGGCUUCCUGCCAUCGGAGACGGCCUUCUUCUGCCAACUAAGCAAACGACUGCUGGUGAAUGGCUAAUGAGUGUGGUGAACGCUGUGCUUGUGACUACAGAUGGCACCCCAGGGUCCACAAUGGUGAAGGGAGUCAUGAAGGCCAUCCUGGAUCUGCUGACCAAGCUGCUCGAUGUACAAACAGGAGUCUUAACUUACGUGGAAACAGCUGCAGUGAAUCUUCAGAGCACCAUCCUCUCGCUGGUGAACAAUGACACUUUUUUUGACAACUGGAUUGAGAAGAGAAUAAACGGAACAAUCAACCUUCUACAGAUGUUUCAAACACAUGGCACCUGUAUUCAUUAUACUUCACCGCUAGCUGACAUCUUCAAUGAAAUUCUCCCACUUGGAGGAGGCUGGAGUCGACUCUUGUGCUCCAACACGACCUUCCUGGGCAGCGUCCUGCAAACUGUUAUGAAGCCAGUGAUGGAUCAAGUGAUGUCACUGAAAAAUAUCCUUAACAAAACCAACGUCCAGGACCUGACAGAUUCUGCAGUGCUGUCUUCGGGUGAAGCUCUCAACACGUCCUCUGUGAAUUUCAUGGCGGCAGUCAAUGGAGUAAUUCAGACUCUUGGUAUGGGAUACUGGAGCGUGUGGGCUACAGACUCUACUGCCAAGACCGCCAACUGGACAGAAAGAAUGCUGACAUUGGCUGACCUGCUGGGUUCCAAACUCCAAGAACAAGCACAGUGGCCUCAAAUGAGGACAUUUUUUGACGCAGUCUACUGGAUUAUGAAUGGUCUACAAACAAACAACAGCGGACCUCCAAUGUGUGUUUUCACAAACUCAACUGUGUUUCUCACUUGUAACGUGACCUACAGCUGGAGACAAUUCACAACGCUUGCUCUGACGAUAUUGCAAACAUCUCCCAAACAUCCAGAUUCGCUUUUGUGGGUUCUUCAGGAUGGCCUACGUUUCAUUAAAUCGGCAUACAUCACUCAACUCAAGCAGAAUGUGACCCAAGCACAAAAUCCGGCCCUGCAAAGCCUACUAGAUAGCGUCUUGAAGCUGGUGGAAGCAAAUACCAACUUGGUGUCCUCCAUGACAUCCUUCAACCAGUUUGACCGCGGUGUUGCCGGGACGGUCCUUAAGAGCCUGCUGGAGUCGUUUAAUUUGACGCCCCUUGAAUCACUCUGGAAUGGAGGGGGCUUAAAUGUCAGCAACAUCAUCAACAUUUUGUCACAGGUUAUGACAAAUAAUCAGCAAUUCAUUGCUGGGGUCCCGGGGAUCAAUGAAACCAAAUUUUUAGUAACAGAAUUGGACCCUUUAAUUGAGCAGUGGCUCGCCAGUAACUACUCCAGUUCCUUAUCCUUUACCAUAGGACAACAACUGCUGUCUCUCAUCAUGUCCCUAAAUCAAAGUGACCCAACUGUCCUCAACCAAGUGUUGCAGCCCUUUAUACCGAUUGGCCUAAAUAUUCCAAAUGCCAUACAGCUUGCAUUGCAGGCCAUUCAGCAAUUUACUCAAGUCAUCCAAGGGCCUAACGACAGCUUGAAUAUUCUCUCUGGAUACCUAAACCAAAUUCAAAACUUCCUCAUUUCUCAGGGUGGUUUAGAUGUUCUCCUUCAAGCCCUAAAUCCAUAUUGGCAAUCCAAUGACUCCAUCGCUUUGAUACAUCAAUAUGGCCUCCAGCAGGUUGCUCUUGGCGAGCUUCCGUUUCUAUUUAUCUCUUAUGUAAAGAAUGCAAGUUUCUUCCAAACUCCAGAGUCUGUACUGAAAAGUUUCAUUGGGUAUCUACCACAAGAUCAACAAGCUGAACUGGAACAAAUGUUUAACUCCACGGACGAACUGCUCGCAGUGGUCAGCCUGUGUAGAACGAACAAUUUCAGCUGCAUUCCCGCCUUCUCAGAAAUAACCAACGUGCUCCUCACGGUUGGUCAAGUUUUACACGCCUCCAAUGGUAGCGGUUUGCCAAUUUUCUGGAAUAAUUCGACAUUUGCUUUAGGGCUGCGGGAGAUCUCAAACCUUAACUUGACUUCAGAUGUGCUCUCCAUGAUCUUGUCUUGGGGAAACAUAACCGCGGACCCCGUUCCUGCUUCCAUGUUGUAUGAAACGGUCAUGCAGGCUUUCGACUUCCUCAAAGAGGUGGGGAACACGUCAAACAUCACCUCCAGCGUGUGCCAGCAGCUGUUGGAAAAGUCGCAACUCAACCUCACUCGGGUGAACGGCAUCCUUCAUGUGCUCACUUCGUGCAACGUGACCAAUCUGUUUAACAAACUCAACGCCAUCGUCGGCAUCCAAGAUUGUUGUCAGCGUCAACCAAAUAAGUCUCUGUCGUGCGCUCUGGAGAUUGCAACCAACUUGAUGGGUGCCCUACAGGAGACUAACCUGAGUAACGUGAUCGAGAGAAAGAUCUUGGCUGCGGAGAUCAUUCUUCAGUAUUGGACUGGUAUUUUGAAUGAGAGCACCACCAUGAUGAAACCAUUAGAGGCCAUCUAUGACUCUACAGUGCAGGCCUUACAGGAUGGAAGUGUCCUAAAGGUGACUGGGAAUGCGGUCACUUUGAUCUCAGAUUCCCUAAUCAUUAUAAAGUCCAACAUGCUGCAACUAGGGAAUAUGUCUUCUCCUCAACUGGAUGUGGGUAUUCAGGUCCUGGAUGAGUUAGUCCAACGUUUUCUGAACGGAACUAAUGAGAACGGCACCACGUCACUGGGAAUGUCGGCUGACUACGACAUGGAAAAGGUCACCAUGUGCUUACAGGUAACAGAGUGGUACGUUCAGAUGCUGGAAAAUCUAACUGUGCAUGGCAUCCCGACUGGAAAUUUAUAUCCCUUCUUCAGAAUUAGUCAAAUGGCACUGGCCAGCGCGCUGUCCAACGCAGGACUAUCGGCCGAUUUGGCUUCUGCCAUCAAUGCGUCUAGAGGCUACCUUCAGGGGGUUCAGACCCCGUUUGACACGGCGGGGCUCGUGAACGUUACUCAGUUUCUGGUCAGGGGUAUUAUCCUGGAAGCUCAGCCCUACCUGGAGCAGAUUCAGAAUUACAUACAGUCCGUCGAGCCUGCGCCAUCAAGUUUUCUGAGCCCACCUUUCCAAGGAUCGUUGAACCAAACACAGAAAGAUCUGCUCGACUCUUUAAGCACCUUGUUCGUCCCUCUCGGCACCACGUCCGAUCUCUCUGCUGUUUUCGAUUCUUUUAGGGAAGUUGUAGCCUUCCUGGAAGCGGCCCACCAAAACGUGACUGCUCCCUUGUUCGGCCUCUUCUCGGCGGAUAACGUGACAGCACAGGUCGUGUUCAGUCUAAUGCACUCUUGGAGUCAAGUCCCACUCGAGGGGUCGUUCACCAGGGAAGAAUUCCAGAUGUUCUACACCUACUACGUCGAGUUUUACCAGUUAGUCGAGAGCGAUCGUUGGAACAUGUCAGACUUGGAGCCAAAGUUGUCCGAGUUUCUGUACCAGUGGUCAGAGGUGUUGCUUAACUCCAGUACAAAUUCCAGUUGGGUGGGGACGAACUGCUCAGCGCUGCAUUUCAUUCAGUGUAUGAUCGAUAACACGGCGACCGGCCAUACGCAGAAUGCCAUCCUUGCUGCAUCUGGCUGCGUGUCCAACGGGACAAACCCCAAAACGACAGAAAAAUAUGAAGCUCUAGCUUACGGUUUUUUAAACCUUUCAUACGAAAUGAAUCAGAAGUACGAGAAUGACAGCCUCGGAAUUAUACAAGACGCCCUUCCAUGUAUCGUCACGCUGUUGAGCCUUUCAACUGGGGUUUUAGCUAAAUUAAGUGACGCAACUGACAUGAAGAACACAUGGAUGGAGGAACUCCAUGCGAAAAUGAAGCAGGAUUUAGAGCAAACGCCUCAUUUUGCCUUCUGCAAAGAUCUGGACAACCGCAGCAUGCUGGUGUUCAAUCACAUUCUGAGCGCCACACCAGACCAGUUAAAUGUGUUUCUUCACCUCCUCCAGAAUCAAAGUCUGUUUUCUUCUUCUUUGUCGUCAGUUAUGCCAGCACUAAACCUGCUGAUUUCCAGAAUGGACUCCAGCGAGCUGAUGGACCAGCUGAACGCUAUCCUGACAGCCUUGACGACAUCCGAAGGUAACCCGUUUUCUCAGCUACAGCAUUUGCUCCUGAGCAGUACCCUCGAUGGCGCAUUCAAUGGAAGCCGAGAAGGUUUCCAGAUACUAGAACAAAUCUUCCAGUUGCCGUGGAAUGGCACCAACAUGAAGAACAGAACGUCCCACUUCCUGUCUUUCAUAGACAUCCUGCAGCAGGAGAACGGCACCCUUGCCCUGCAGUCCCUCACAGCUGUACAGAGUUUCUUAAAUGAAGUCAACUCGUCGGGUCUCCUGCAGUUUCUUUCAUCCUGGGGUGAUUCUCAGAAUCAGAGGAACAACGGCACUGGUCUACUGAACGUCAUUGCUGUUCUCCGCAAUAUUACUCAAGCAUGGCUGGAGGAGAAUCAGUUUGCGGCGUUACUUCUGGAGAGUCUCCAGUCCAACCAGAGUGAACCAAACGCUUUGACACAAAACGAAGUUCUCAACAGCUUAGCAGGGUUUCUGUGGCCCCUACUGCCUGCGGACAUGCAGCCCUAUGCCAACAUCACCAUGCAGGUCUUAGAAAUAUUGUGGCCCGUGAUGGCAGACAUCUCCGGAGGUGAUUCUCCAAAUUUCUAUACCACAGCGGACUUAUUGCUAAAUCUGUCAAGAACCAUCACUGAAAAUUUUGCAGGUAUGACACACGAGACCAUGUUCAGCGAUCUUUUGGAUGUUCUAGAAGUCAUCGUGCAGUUGGCCUCGUCAUCUCUUGAUAGGAACAUCAGCAUGGUGGAAAGUCUCACCAACAAGAUGCUCCAUCACCUUGAGGUCCUGGUUAAUGCAACACUCCCAGAGGAUGUGGCGUCUACUAUGGUCCAAGUCUUAGAAUCUGCUAGGAUUUACUCUGAAGUUCUGUCCGAGUUUAAUCCAACGGAAAACUGGAUGCAAAGGCUCCAAUGGAUUUUCAGUUUUCUGCUACCAUACAGCAAUAGCAGCUCAUAUGACUUCACUUCAGUUAUGUCCCUGCUAAAUCAAAGUGGAGGUAAUUUCAGCUCUUUUGAAGAAAAUGUCAAGCUUUUGAAAAUCCUGCUAGACCUGCUCCCAGAAAAUAACACAGCAGGCGCCGCUUUAAGCCUCAUGCAAAAUGUGACAAAGUAUCUGACAAGUGGCAACCAAGGGAAUGCAAGUCCGUUGGUGGAUGCUUAUUACCUCUUGAAGUUAAUCCUGGAACACGGCGACAUUUUGCAGAAUGAAUCCAUCGUUGAGAUGCUCUUAGACAGUGGGCUGUCACCAUGGAGUGGUGUACCAUCAGACGUUCACGCACAGCUUCAGUGGAUGAUCACAGAUGCUGUAAAAAUGCUCAUCACUGAGAAAUGUCCCUGGCUGAAGGAGUAUAACAUCACCAAUGAAUAUGUUAACAGUUGGGUUAGUGCCUCCUUCAAUCAAGCAAAUGGAAGUGCCAGCAGUGACCCCUGGGAAACGUUGCUGCUUGGAGUCUUGAGUUUCAUUUCCCAGAACAUUUCCAUUUCCCACCCAAGCACAGCAGGGCAGCUCCUCAGUAGUGAAGCUCAGCUGCUGCUCAAUGCUUCAGUCAACCUCCUGACACAAGGCAGCAUGAACACCUCGCAGCUCUGGAAAGAAAGACUGGACCUCAUCCUGCAGAACCUCCUUGGGAACACAAGCGGCAGCUCCAUGGACCAAGUGGCGUCUGGAGAUGUAUACAAGCUGGUGGACGGAGCCCUGAUUGAACAAGUCAUGCAUGCCGCAGCCACAGAACUGCUGGGCUUAAAUAUCGUUGGAAGCAGCUCACCAAUGUACGGGCUUUUGAGUUGGUUCAUAGACACAAAUGACACCACGCUGGUCUUGAUGAGGGCUAUGGAAUUUGUGACGUGGUGGAAUUCUGUAAAGGACACAGACAUGGAGUUUGUAGUGCAGGCUGUCCAGAAAGCCUAUAAUUUGGUAAAGGCCGUUUUGCUGACACUUCCCCAGGUGGACUUCACUCUUCCGCCUUAUGUGCUGUCCCACGGAGACAUAGCAUUGAGUGCAUUGGACACCCUUGUCAAUUUCACGGAGCUAAAUAAUUCCACCGGGGUGACUUUCAUUACUUCCUUAGCAACCAAGUUCAAAAAUUACAUCGAAAAUGACCCUACGUUGCAGACUGUCUUACCCAUGGCCCAACAGAUGUUGAAUAUAAGCAGACUGUGGCACGGGGACAGUGGGUCUUUCAUACAGCUCCUUUCGUCAUUGAGUGGCGUUCUAACAGAAAGUUCAGUGAACCUGACAAAUAACAGCAUUCCACUCUUAUUCACAGAUCUCGUGACAACCUUCUCCCAGCCCGAGAAGACCAAUCAGAUCCUAUCAGCGCUGAAGGCUGUAGAAGACUGCCAGAUGAUUCCUGAAAAUUGUAGUCAGAUCAUUUCCCAAGUUUACCAAUUGGUUUUAUUAAUGCACAACACAUCUCAGAAUGGGACAGCAUUGUUGGAUGCGCUGAAUUCAAUCCCUAGUCAGCAAGCGCACCUAUUAAGCUAUGUCAACCUCACGGAGAGUUUGAUCUUUGCCAUUCUGCCACCGCAGGACCCGGCUCCUCAAAUCAAAUUCUUAUCCGAUAUUUUUGCAACUAUUCGAAACUUUUUGGUCGAUCCCUCAUCCAGCGCUAAUGAGAUUCCGGUCAUGAUAAAUUUCACGAUGUCGAUAAACGAAUUUUCACAGACUUUACCUCCUUUGGAGCAGUUGAUGACAUUUAUGAGAAGCAUCGAGUCAGCUUUGCGGCAGGAGCAGUGCAACGUUUCCGAUUCAUCCGAUCUCGUACGGUGCAUUUACGAGACGUGUGAAAGUGCCCAGGAGAUACUCCAGCUUUUCAACGCAACAACAAAUUCAGGAGAAAUUAUUGACAUUGUUCAGCCGAUGGUUGAGUUUUGGAUAACUAAAAUGAACAAAAAUGAAACAGCGGUCAGCGGUGAACUCCAGGAGGCAGUUAACUUCACCAUGAUGGUUUUCCAGAAUCAGUUUUCAAUUAACAACUUAAUGAAUAAUAUUGUGUCCAGUUUACAACAAGUGAAGGAUGACUUGGUGCGGUGGAACGUAACAUCUAAUCAAACGGCCGAAACGCUUCAAGUCGUGGAGGGAUUACUGCAACUCCUCGAGAAAGAUUCUGGGUAUUUGGUAUCUGCUUUCAACCGUAGUGCACUGCAAUCCGAUGAAGUGGAAGUUUUAAUAGCAAAAUUAAGUCUGCUUGAAACCGAAUUCAUGUUGCUGAAGGACGUUUCCUCUCUUUUUGGAGGAAGUACAACCCACAACCAAUACAGCACCAUAGUCGAUUUCAUAACAGCCAGUCUGCUGGUAGAUAAACAGCUGCCCCUAUCUGUGAUUUCACCGUUGACGUCACUUCUCAAUCUAAGUAAAAAUUUUAUGGUGUCCGGUAACGUUAAUAAUUCUUUUGAUCUUUCUGCGUUCAUUCUGGAAAGUAUAAUAUCUUCGCUUAACUUGCCAGUAUUGCAAAAUCAGACCCUCACAGAAGAAAAUUUCCUGUUUGUUCUUUCUUUUUUGAAUUUUAUUCAAUCCGAGCUCAAAGUAAACGCCAGCACUCUGAUUUUGCAAAUCCUUUCUAAUGACAUAGAACCAUUGCGGGCCCUGAAUGAACUCGUCGCUCUGUUUGGUAGCCUACCCUCGGAAAAUCAACUCGGUCUGAUUGCCGACGUGUUUCAUUUGAACACCGGAAGUUUUUUGACCAGCCUACGUGCCCUGAAAGACGAGAUCGGUCUAAUCCUGGGGCUUCACGCCACGGGAAAUCUCGACAUGGAAACCAUCUUGAACUUCUUCAACAGCUCGAUGAAAAUUGUUCAAAAUGAAUUAAGUAUGGCAAAUAUCUCUGGGAGUGAGGUGGUAGGGAAGAGCCUGUCCGACCUGCUCUACUUCUUGUCGCAAUCCAUGAGUAUUUACCAGUUGCCUGGAGGGCCCAUAAACCCUUGCUCCAUAUCUGCUAUUUGGCACGAUCUUUUUGAAACCGUGAAUAUCACAUUACCUUCUGGAUAUCUUCAGACAUGUCAAGGUUUUGAGGAUUUAGCCACAAGUAUUUUAAACCUUUAUAAUAAAAUAUUACAGAUGACACAAUCGACCGGUGAUAUGACUGAUGUUUUCCUGGAUGCUGUAAGCGUGGCAGACCAAUUUAUAACUUUGGUACAGGCAGAAAGUAAUUUGCUACAGACCGACAUCCCGGUCAUUCCGGUUCUUCACCAAGUAUUCGUUGAUAUAAUAAAUUCAGUGCAAACGAGUAAUUCUACAAGUUCUGUUGAUGCCAGUGUUCCGUCCCCCAUCACUCCCGAUGAACAAGACGUUCUCCUCUCAGCUAUAACCACUUUGAACACCUUGCUUCAGGCGUACACCAACACAUCCACAGCAACAUCUCCGUACGUUGAGGUGUCCUCCAUAGUUGAAGAUCUCCUGAUGUCACAACCAGCAAGUUUAAGUCCAUACAUUAACGCGCUAGACAAGAUCAUGGCCAGCUUCUCUUUGCUUCUGACUGAACAACAAAUGUCGAAUAUUUACCCCUCUGACCAGAUUAUUAAAGCCCUCAUUGCCUUCCUAAAUUGUUCUGAUAGUCCUGCCAACUUGGCAAACAUCACAGAUAUGACUGCAGACUCCUUUCACAGCCUUUUAGGCUCCCUGGAAAAUUUCACUCUUCCCAAUGGCCUUAAAAUCACGGAUGUCAACCAAUUAAUUGGCAACAUUUCUAUGGUGCUAGCAGAUUCUCUACCAAUGCUUCUUAACACCAGUGGACCUUCUGGUCCAAAUGACCAAAGAAUCAGUGACUUGCUCAACCAUCUAAUUAACAACUUGACUAUGAUGCUAACAGAUUCUCUACCGGUGCUCCUUAACACCCUUGGACUUUUUGGUCCAAAUGACCAAAAAAUCAACAACGCGCUCAACCAAUUGGUUAACAACAUUACUAUGGUGGUAGUGGGUUCUCUCCCUCAACUCCUUAACAGCAAUGGACCCUCUGGUCCAAAUGACCAAAAAAUCAAUGACUUGCUCAACCAAAUAAUUAACAACAUUACUAUGGUGCUAGCAGAAACUCUACCGAUGGUCACCAACACCAGUAGACUCUUUGACCCAAAUGCUAUUCAGCUCUCUGCCAUGUUGAGAAGUUUUAUCCAGAAUAAACUUACAUCUAAUUCAGCUUUGUUAAAUUUCUCGGGCACAAUUCAGGAAUUAGAUAACUUAAUAUCCACAGUCGUAGCUUUGGUGGGCAUGGAACAAAGCCACUAUCUUAAUGUCACGUAUGAAAUUGUGAGGAAUCUGGUGCUGUCUGUGUAUUCAUCAAAAAAUUCAAUGACGGCUGCGGACAUCUUAAACGCCAUGUCAGGAUCGUUUGCAAGUCUUCUUGGAAUCAUCCCAAAUAAAACGACCCCGCAGGCAGUCAGCACGAUAUUUAACAACACUGUCGUUUUUGUAAGAAAUUUGCAGGAUUUGCUCAACAAAACACGUUUGAUAAAAGCAGUUAAGAUGACAUCCCUGGUAGUCGGCGAACUUCAGAACGUGCUGGGAAUCUUCUCACCUAGCUACGCCCUGAAGAACACAUCGAACGUGCUGCAAAUGUUGAAGAGCAACUUGGAAAGUGCGCCUUUGAGCAACUCGUCUGACUGGAUUUCUGAGACCUUUCAGAUCUUGGCAAGUGUCAUCAAAUUGAUCCCCUUCCAGAAUUCCUCCACAUCUCUACUCACCAAUGUGACGCUGAGCCUGGCAAACGCGACUCAAGACAAAGUGUUGUGGGAGAGUCUAGGCAUGGACCUCACAAAACUGUUUACUGAGAGCGGGAAUGGAACUGCAAGUGCUAAACUGAAACAGAAGGUGGCUGUCACCCAGGACCUGAGAAGUGUGGUGUGCCGCAUUGAACAGCUCCCCUCAGUGCAGCAGCUCUAUCAGAUGGCAUCUUUCACCCCGGGGCUCGUGUGCCAGACCUUUCUGCCAGCCAUCGUAUCCCUGCUGAGCCUCUCCAAUAGCCUCGUAAGCAAAUGGAUGCAGAGCCCACCGAAUUCAGAUUCAGUCCAGGCGUACUUCCUCUCUGGCAUCAAUAACUUUGAACUCCAGCUUAACUGGUUCAACGGGAUCCUCAACACCACACAGUCAAUUAACUGGACAAGCCUCUCAAAUUUUGUAAACGAAUCGAGUUCAACGGCGAUGACUGCAGUUCUGUCGGACAUAAUAACAACAACAAGUGUUUUCCAAAACGAACUGCAGAACAUAUCUGGAAUCAGCGAGGAUGUCAUCAAAAACAUCACCUCAAUGAGCCUCCCUCAUAACAUAACUCAGGUGCUGCCUUGGAUAUUGAAUCUGACCAGCCAAGAAGGAGCACAGAUGAAUGCCACCCAGUGGUACUAUUUUACUGUCACCUUGCUGCGUUACAUGGAUUUUUCAAAGCUUUUCCUUAAGCUGAUGUUGCCAUCACAACUGCAAAUGUACAUUGACAUCAUUAUCCAGCUCCUGAUGCGCUUCAUGGGGAUUUUUGUGAACAGCCAGCCAUUAAUUGACACUCUUCAAACCUUUAUCACAGAAAUACAGCAGCUUAGUGCAACUUCAUUGGCCGCACAACAGAGAGACAUGUCUGCAAGCAGUCGGGCUGCGACUUCAUCGUUUUCAACAUUUAAUACCAUCUCGGGAGCCUUGUGUUCCUAUGGUGUCAUCUCACUGUUUGCCAUGCCCAACAUUGCUGAUAGUGUGGGCUCUCAGCCUUCUACACAGAGCAACCUGAGCACCGAGCAGCUCUUGCAGAAGUUUGAUAUUCCGAAUGAUACAACGCCAUUCUGUCAGAGUCUGUUUUUGAACAUGGUCAGCACAACCGGUGGAGCGGUGAUGUGGGCUUUCCUAAAGCCCAUGCUGUUGGGCAAGAUUCUGUUUACCCCAAAUAUUCCGGAAACUUGGGCAGUCAUGCAGAAGUCUAAUGUCACAUUACAAGACCUGUACCAGCUUACCACGUAUGCAGAUAUGUGGAUUGGCAAUUCAUCGAAUAUUCAGACACUGGUGACUGUGCUGAGUCAAAUUAAACCUUUGCUGACAUUUUUAAAGAAUUCAAAUGUGCAGAGCUUCAUCAGUCUGGAAUCGAACAUCAACAUCGCCGACGUGCUACAGAAUGCACAACAACUGAGUAAUUUCGGUAGCGUUCUCAGUGCAAAUAUGCCUUUGCUGAACCAGAUGACCACGCUUUGCAAACUGUUGAAGAACAUCUCCUCAUGUAUCAACUUUAACCGAUACCAAGCCAUGAACACCACUGAUGCGCUUAAUUCCGAGGCCACUAAACUCCUGCAGCAUAACAACCUAUAUGCCAGUGUCAUUUUUAACAUUACAACGCAGAAAAGUCGUCAGAAGAGGUCGGUCGGUUCUAGCCUGCCUCCACUAGUCAAAUACACGAUCCGAAUGCCCAUCAGCAACACCAUGAGAACAGACAGACUGAGGGACGUGAUGUGGACGCCCGGCCCACACAUUUCUGCCUCUCAGUAUCUGCUUAACAAUCACGGCUUCAUUUAUCUACAAGAGGACAUCGAGAAGGCUAUCAUCGAGCUGCAAACUGAGAAGGUCAUCGAUGGCCCUGCCGUGCAGAUACAGGCCUUCCCUUAUCCUUGCUACACGAGGGACAAUUUCCUGUACAGCAUGUCCUAUUCCUUCCCUCUAAUUGUGAUGUUGGCCUGGAUCCUCUUCAUCGCUGCCUUUGUGAAAAAGCUUGUUCAAGAGCGGGAACUGCGACUUCAUGAGUACAUGAAGAUGAUGGGUGUCAACCCCUUCAGCCACUUCUUUGCCUGGUUUAUCGAGAGCGCCUCCUUCCUGCUCAUCACCAUUAUUUUCCUCGUGAUCAUCUUGAAGGCAGGCUCCAUUCUUCCACAAACCAACGGCUUCCUUAUCUUCCUGUUCUUCUGUGACUAUGGCCUGUCCAUCCUGUCAAUGAGUUUCCUGUUCAGCACAUUUUUCAGCCACACUAACAUUGCCAGCCUCAGCGGUAGCCUCAUCUAUGUCAUCCUCUUCUUCCCCUUCAUCGUCAUGACGUCUCUUGACUCCGGCCUCACCUUCACCACCAAAAGUCUCUUGGGUCUCUUUGCGCCAACUUGCUUCAGCUAUGCCAGCCAGUACAUAAUCUACUAUGAAACACAAGGCACAGGAAUGCAGUGGGGCAAUUCCUACCAGUCCCCAGUAAUAAAUGACAAUGCUUCGUUCGGCUGGUUUUGCUGGCUACUGCUGAUUGACUCUUCCAUCUAUUUCAUAAUUGGCUGCUAUAUUCGAAUGGUAUUUCCAGGAAAGUAUGGAAUUGCUGCACCUUGGUAUUUUCCCGUUUUACCUUCCUUCUGGACAAGUUGCUUGCCAUGCUUUAAACCAGAGAGCAAUGGAAGAAGUGGGCUCCUCUUCAUGAAUGUCAUGAUGCACAGUCAGAUGGCUGACCCCAAAUCCAAAGGCACCGAUAAUGUCUUCUUUGAAGGAGAAGAGGACCUUGACGGGCUAACUGUGGGAGUGUCUUUGCAUGGUCUCACCAAGAUGUAUGGCAAAAGUGCAGCCCUCCAGAACCUAAACCUGAGAUUUUACGAGGAUCAGGUCACCAGUCUACUGGGACACAAUGGAGCAGGCAAAACAACUACCAUGUCCCUGUUAACCGGCCUCUAUGGUCCAACCUCUGGCUCGGUUCUAAUUUAUGGGAAGGACACGAGGUUCCAGAUGGAUGCUGUGCGGCAGAGUCUUGGAGUGUGCAUGCAGUACGACGUGCUCUUCGAUCAUCUGACCGCCAAAGAACAUUUGUUUCUGUAUGCGCAGAUCAAAGCUCCACAAUGGAGCAAGGAGGAAGUGCGGCACCAAGUGCGCAAAAUUCUGAAGGACACUGCCAUGUAUACUCAUCGCCACAAGCGUGUUGGUGCUCUGUCUGGAGGUACAAAGAGGAAGCUUUCCAUAGCCAUCGCUUUCUUAGGUGGAUCCAAGACCGUGGUGCUUGAUGAGCCAACUACAGGUGUGGAUCCAUGCUCAAGAAGAAGCAUCUGGAAUAUUGUUAACAUGUACAAGAAAGAGCGCACCAUCAUUCUGUCAACACACCACUUGGAUGAAGCGGAAGUGCUGAGUGAUCGCAUUGCCUUCCUUGAGCGAGGAGGUCUCAAGUGCUGUGGUUCACCGUUAUAUCUGAAGCAGAAGCUCGGCAUCGGCUACAAACUCUCCCUGUCUAAGAAGAUCCCAGAACCUGGUUCAGAGGAUCAGUGUGAUGUCAACAGAGUGACAGAGUUUAUCAAAUCCCAUUUUCGUGAGGCGGAGCUUAAGGAGACUGUGGGAAGCGACAUGGUCUACUCCCUGCCAACAUUUGGGGUCCAGUACGCGCCAUAUUAUCAGGCACUCCUGAGAGGACUGGAUGAAAACCUCGAGAACCUGCAGCUUGGAUCUUAUGGGAUCUCCGAUACCACCCUGGAGGAGGUUUUCCUUCAACUUACCAAAGAUGAAGCAGAGGAUGACAUGUCUUGGUCCAACACACAGAUGGUCGUCCCGGUUCCUUUUGUAAAUCAAGUCGUUGAGGAGAGAUCAGUGAACAACUACAACAUCAGCGAAACAGAAGCUCUGAAGGGCAACUCCUCUGUGACAGGAAUAUCGUUGCUCGGUCAGAAGAUCUUGGCUGUCCUGGUGAAACGCUUGCAACACUCUCUCCGGGACUGGAAAGGCUUGUUUGCUCAGCUCCUCCUGCCCGUGCUGUUUGUCAUCGCUGCCAUGGGGCUUGCGACCAUUAAAACUGGAGUUCAAACUUAUCCUGCGCUUGAGCUCAUGCCCUCUAUGUAUGGCACGACAAAGCAAACUACGUUUUUUGGGAUUCAGAAUUCAAGUGCUUAUCCUUUAGUGAGCACAAUGAUGUCAUUUCCCGGCAUAGACAACUUCUGCUUAGAAAAUUCUGGAAGCAAGUCUUGCCUAUCGAGUAGCAAUCUGGGAAGCUGGCCGUCCAGUGGUGAACCUCCAACUGUGUUUCCAGUUUGUGCUUGCAAUUCAUCCUUAAUGAAUUGCUCAAACAACUACCAGCCUGCGCAGAAACAGACUUUUUCCUCGCAAAUGUUGUACAACUUGUCAGAUGUUUCCAUUGAGCCCUACCUGCUGACCACCGCCAAUCAAUUUGUGCAGGACAGGUAUGGUGGAUGGUCUUUUGGACAGUCCUUGCCUCCAAGUCUCAAAAUGGAUAUCAAUAAUGUGCCCAGCAGCAGGACGUUAACGAAGAUAUGGUACAAUCCAGAAGGGUAUCACUCUAUGCCUGCCUACUUGAACAGCCUCAACAACUUCAUUCUGAGAACAAAUCUGCCUUCAGGGUUGAACGCUUCACAAUAUGGGAUAUCUGUGUUUAGUCAGCCCUACCCUGGAAAAGUCCAAGCUGAUGUAGCUGCUAUUCAAAACACGGUGAACACGCUGGUAGCCCUCUGCAUCCUAACGGGCUACUCCAUCAUGACAGCCAGCUUUGUAAUUUACGAGGUCAAAGAGCAGCAGACAGGAUGUAUGCUCCUACAGAACAUCUCUGGAAUCGGGGAGAUGUUCUACUGGCUCAUUAAUUUCUUCUAUGACAUGACACUGUACCUGAUACCAGUAGCUCUGUCCAUAGCUAUGAUUGCUGCCUUCCAGUUGCCAGCCUUCACUAAUCAACAAAAUUUGGGAGCAGUGUCUGUACUGCUGAUUUUAUUUGGCUAUGCGACGUUCCCUUGGAUGUAUUUACUUGUUAACAUUUUCAAAGAUGCGGAGAUGGCUUACAUUGUGUAUGUUUGUAUCAACCUCUUUAUUUCAAUCAACACAAUCAUCUCAACAGCCAUUGUCUACUUCUUAACACUUUCCAGUUCUGAUGUGACCUACACAACCAAUGUGUAUAACAAACUGACCUACACGUUUAUGAUCUUCCCACAAUUCAGCUUUGGGAAUGGAUUGAUGCAGCUGUCUCGCCUGCAAUUACAGGAGGAUACAUUGAGCAUUUAUGGAGUGGACAGCUACACUGAACCAUUCAGCACAGAUGGCAUUGGCUGGAUGCUUUUAUCUCUGGCGAUUCAAGGCACUUUCUUCAUCACCUUACGCCUGCUGAUUAACUCCUGGUCUAUUCGUCAGAUUAGGCUGCUGCUCUGCCAGACCAGACCCAUAACGCAGUCCUUUCAAGAAGAUAUUGAUGUGAAUUAUGAACGCAGACGUGUGGAGAAUGAGGACUCCAAUAACGACAUGCUGAGACUUGCCAAUCUGACCAGACUCUACAAAAAUGUAAACAAGAACGUGCUUGCCGUGAACAAUAUCUGCUUGGGUGUUCCUGCUGGAGAGUGUUUUGGCUUACUUGGAGUCAAUGGUGCAGGAAAGUCGACAACAUUUAAGAUGCUGACCAGUGAAGUCUUACCUACAUAUGGAAAAGCACAAAUCAGGAACAAUAAUGGGGCUCUUGUCGACAUUAAAGGCAGCAACUUUGGAGGAAUUCCUGUUGGUUAUUGUCCACAAGUGGAUGCCCUGGAUGACCUACUCACAGCAGAGGAGCAUUUAUACUUUUAUGCAAGAAUACGCGGAAUCCAUCGUCAUCAUAUAAGAAGAGUUGUGAAUUACCUACUUCAGAAAAUGGAACUCAUGAAUCAAAAAAAUAAGCUCUCUAAGCAUUACAGUUGUGGCAUGAGAAGAAAGCUCUCCACUGCCAUUGCACUCAUUGGUUGCCCCCAGAUCCUGCUCCUGGAUGAGCCUAGUUCUGGAAUGGAUCCUAAAUCAAAACGCCACCUCUGGAAGAUUAUCUUGGAUGAAGUGAAAGAAAAAUGUGCUGUCAUUCUCACCUCUCACAGCAUGGAAGAAUGUGAAGCUCUGUGCAGCAGACUUGCAAUUAUGGUAAAAGGACGUUUUAGAUGCCUUGGCACUCUACAGCAUAUCAAGGACAGGUUUGGAAAAGGGUUCACUAUAAAAAUGCACCUCAUGUCCAGCACCAGCAAUGUGGACAACAUUACCUCUUUUAUGGAGUCAAAAUUCCCCGGCACAUAUUUGAAGGAUCACCAUUUAGGAAUGCUGGAGUACCACAUCCAAGUGGCACCAGGAGGUGUGGCUGACAUAUUUCAGGAGCUUGAGUCUAACAAAGAACAACUGAACAUUAGAUACUUCUCAGUCAGCCAAACCACAUUAGAGGAGGUGUUCAUCAACUUUGCCAGAGAUGAUUCAAACUCUGAAAGCUCACAAUUCAGCAGUUCGGGAAGCUCACCUGAGAUACCAAUGUGACACAAAAGUGACGUCCAAAGUGACUCGAGUUCAACCUUCACUGCACAUUCUAAUGCAAAUUAACGCACGGAUAUAUUUUAAUAGACAGUAUGAAUGAAAGCCAUUAUUCCUUGUUGAAGAGUUUACUGUUUAUUUUGUUUUAUAUUAUUAAGUGCAAUAUUUAUUAAGAUAACAAAAAAUAAUAGCUCAGAAGACAAGACAUUUUCAAAUGUGUACUUAUUGAGGGAGUGGGCUUUAAAAUCAUAAAACCAGCAGUGGUUCAAAUCUUACAUAACAAGACUCGGCAAUAUCAAGGUCAUUUGAAGCAAAAAGAGGAUAAUAAGCCGUAACUGUGCACAAUAUGAAAAAGAUAAAAGCUGCAAAGCACGUGGGAUGCACUCCAGAGAUGAUACCUACAUCAAGAAAAUAAUAACAAGCAUCAUGAAAGGAGUUUCUCAAAUUUUUUUUUUAAUUUAAUUUUUUUUAAUAGUGUCUCAUUUAAGGUUAAAGUACUGUAAACAAUGUGAUUAAUGGCUGGCAAACUCAGUGCAUGAUGUGCAAAUAAACACAUUUCACAUCGGGUACGUCCCUGUUAGACAUGCCUUACUCAUUUAAUCACAAUUCCGAGACUUUUGCAUUUUAGUAUUAUUUUGAAACCAUUAAAAUACUCUAACUCAGCAUGAACUUAAGGCCCCUUCCUAGUUGUUAUUUAUUAUUCAUUGUUGUUGUAAACUAACAAUCACAGAGCUAGCCACUUUAAAAAAAAAAAAAAAAAAAAAAAAAGUCUACAAUAUAGGAAUAUACUGUAUAUUUAUAUAUUAUUGUAAAUUUAUCGAAGACCUAUAUGUAGAAUAAUUUAUAAUCAUUUAUUUUUAUAUGAGUGAAGCACUGUGACAUGCUGAAGUUCCCAAAGUGAGAACAGGAAUGGAAGCCUUGCGAUUUAAUGUCCAAUACUUUAGCCAGUACAACAUCCUGAAUGCAUUAGUCAUGUAUUUUAUAUAAAAAUAAAAUACACACACAUACAUAAAUAUAUAUGGCUGUGUGCAAGUACAAAUAUACAAUACACAUAUAUACAAUAUGUUUAUUCUUUAAGACAUUUCUAAUAUAAUAUUUAAUCACUCAUUUAAUAUAUACCCAAUACUUCAACAUUUUCAGAGUAAGCCUUAUUAAAUCAUAAUAAAAGAAACAUGUUCAAUUAUCUUAGAUUAAAAAAAAAAACUGAAUCUAUAUUCAUUGACUGAAUUGCAAAAAUGUACUUGUUUACUUUGAUCUUUCAAUCGUGUUUUUUGCUUGAUAACAUAUCAGCAGCUUUGCAAAUGUGUAGUUUAAUUGAUGCAGAUGAAAAAGAACUUUGCACUCAAACCCGGUUUGAUUGUAUUAUAAUUUUUGUCAGAACUUUUAUUUAUGAAUUGAAUGCCAAGUAGUAAUUGUGGUGAAAAAGGAGCAGCAAUGGCACUUUUCCUUCAACAUGUGCACUUCCUGAUGCGCUCAGCAUCCACAUUGUCACCGAGAAGCAGAUGGCCAUAAACUCUUAAUAUUCCUGCAUUAAUGUAUUAUACUACAAUGCAAUAUUUAAGUUUCUUAUAUGUCACUACAAAAAAAGGUUGCACUUUAGGUACUGCAAAAUGCAUCUCUUGCUCAUUUACUCAAAUUUAACAAGACCUUAAGUAGAUGGGUUAUUCGGCAGUGUGCUAUGUGGAGUGCUAUGUGAAGUAUUGACAGGAUGAUAAAAUUAUGUGUUAAUAUGAAGGAUUUACAGGUCUUGUAUGUGA